AUGGACGUCGCUCGAUCUCUCGAACUUACCACCGGUGAAGUUAUCAAAUGUAUUGACAUGCACACCACAGGGGAACCCACCCGCAUCGUCUACGCCGGGUUCCCCACCCUCACUGGAAAAACCCUCUUCGCCCAACGAGAUCAAGCAAGGGAUGAAUACGACCACAUCCGCAAGCGAAUCAUGCUUGAGCCUCGCGGCCACUACGACAUGUACGGUGCGAUUCUCACACAAUCGACCGAACUAGUCGAGUCCGGCCAAGCACACAUUGGGGUCCUUUUCACCCACAACGGAGGAUUCUCGACCAUGUGCGGACACGCUACUAUCGCUCUUGGACGAUUCCUUGUUGAUACUCGGGACUUGACUGUUUUCCCGAAACGCAACGAACUGGUUCUUGAUACUGCCUCCCAAGCGGUAGCUGUCAAUCUACACGCGCCGUGCGGAUUAGUCCAUGUCACCGUGCCUGUUACCUCCACUGCCGAGGGAUUCAAAUCUGAUCCCUCCCGGGCGGUAUCCUUUGUAUCAACACCUGCCUACGCGGCCGCUACCAACCUGACAAUUCCCAUUCCCCCGGAACUGCGCUGGAAUGAGCUGGGGACUCGUGACAGCAUCACCCUCGAUGUCAGCUACGGAGGAGCCUUCUACGCACUAGUCAGUGUAGAAGAAGUAGGAUUUAACAAUCGGGGAUUAGCGAAGAUAGACCUCGAUAACAUAAUCCCAGUGCUUGGACAGCUGCAAAAAUACCUGACCACCCAUCCCGAUAUCGUGGCUGCAUGUCAACACCCGGAAGAUAAGCGGUUAUCAUUCCUCUACUCCGUCAUGGUAGUCGAUCCAGACGUCGGGGAUACGCCAGAAGGUGUUGAUGGAGCAGAAACAGGACUAUGCUUCUUCGCUGAUAGUGAGAUUGAUCGGUCCCCUACUGGUUCGUGUGUAGUUGCUCGGAUGGCAUUGGCGUAUGCAAAGGGGGAGAGAAGAAUCGGGCAACGGUGGGCGUAUCAUUCGGUUGUGUCGAAUCAUUUCAAGAUGGGAGCGUUUGUGGGGGAGAUUGUUGAGACGGGGGGGUCUGCUUUCUAUAUUGGGACGUCGAGCUUUGUGGUUGAGGAGGGUGAUGUUACUGGGCAUAGUGGGUUUAUGUUGAAGAGUGUGACGCAGUGA